AUGCCGACUCCCAAAUACAACAUCGCCUCUAUUCCCGCCGACGGCAUCGGCAUCGAAGUUGUCGCGGCCACCAUCAAAGUAAUUGAACAUCUGGCGCAAACGCUCAAGACGUUUGAAAUCGAGUUCACGCAUUUUCCAUGGGGCUCGGAUUAUUACAAAAAGGAGGGCAGGUACCUGCCAGACGAUGUUUUGGAUGUUUUGCGGAAAUAUGAUGCUUGUCUGUUUGGCGCUGUCGGUGCGCCUGACAUCCCCGAUCACAUCUCGCUAUGGGGCCUCCUCCUCGCCCUCCGAGGCCCCAUGCAGCUAUACGCCAACGUGCGCCCCGUCCGGCCAUUUCCCGGCACUCGCGUACGCUUCGCCGAGUCCAAACCGUCAGACAUCGACUGGGUUCUGGUGCGCGAGAACUCUGAAGGCGAGUACGCUGGCCAGGGAGGACGCAGCCACCUGAACCAACCCUGGGAAACAGCCACCGAGGUCGCCAUCUUCACGCGCAUCGGCAUCGAGCGCAUCAUGCGCUUCGCCUUUGAGACGGCGCGCUCGCGGCCACGCAAGUUACUCACGGUUGUGACCAAGAGCAACUCGAUGCGCAACGGCAUGGUGCUCUGGGACGAGAUCGCGCGCGAAGUCGCUGCGGACUAUCCAGACGUGCAGUGGGACAAGAUGCUGGUUGACGCGAUGACGGUGCGCAUGGUGGUCAAGCCCGAAUCUCUCGAUACUAUCGUGGGCACGAACCUGCACAUGGAUAUUCUGUCAGACCUGGCUGCGGCGCUGGCCGGCUCGAUUGGUGUGGCACCCUCGAGUAAUCUGGACCCAACGCGCAAGAAUCCGUCCAUCUUUGAGCCGGUGCAUGGGAGUGCUUUUGAUAUCACGGGCAAGGGUAUUGCGAACCCCGUGGCGACGAUCUGGUCGGCUGCAGAGAUGCUGCGCUGGGUUGGAGAGGCGUCUGCGGCUGAUACCCUCAUGACAGCUCUUGAAGAAGUCUGUAGAAAGGGCGUGUUGACUCCUGAUCUAGGUGGCACAGCCACGACUGAGUCGGUGGCUACGGCGGUCUGCAAAGAGAUUGAAGUUAUUGCUGCGACGAAAUAA